AUGUCUUUCCCAGAGACUUUGUCGCCCAACAGCUAUGUCACGCUGAAUUCGGGUCAUCGGAUGCCAGUCGUUGGUUUCGGUUUGUACAAAGCAACCGAUGCUGCUAAUUCGUGUAAAGAAGCGCUCAAGGUUGGAUAUACGCACAUCGAUUCUGCUCGUCAUUACGAGAACGAGUCAGCGGUAGGGGAAGUACUGCGCGAUUGCGGGAAAGAUCGCGACGCAGUCUUUCUGACUACCAAGGUGAAAGCACCAGAGCAUGGCUAUGAGACCUGUAAAAACGCGGUGAUCGACUCAGUAACCUACCCCAAACCCGAUCGUUGGGACUUGAUUCUCUUGCAUGAUCCUACCGCGGGCUCUCAAAAGCGAAUCGAGUCAUACAAGGCACUGGCCGAAGCUCUCAAGGAAGGAAAAACCAAAUCAAUCGGGGUGUCUAAUUUUGGCGUGCAUCAUUUGCAAGAAUUAGAAGCUGCAAACGUUGGACCAUUACCGGCGGUUAACCAAGUUGAAUUACACCCUUGGUGCCAACAAAGAUGGAUAGUUGACUACUGCAAAGCCAAAGGCAUUUUGAUCGAAGCUUAUUGCCCGAUUGUAAGAGGCAAAUACAUGGAUCAUCCAACUGUUGUUAGUAUUUGCAACAAGGUUGGCAAAACAGGUGCUCAAGUUCUGAUUCGAUGGUCCCUUCAACACGGAUUUGUCCCGUUGCCGAAAUCAGACAAGGCUGAGCGCAUCCAAGAGAACUUUGAUGUGUUUUCGUUCGAAUUGGACUCCGAAUCCAUGGCCCAGUUAGAUAGUCUUGACCAAGGUGAUGCGGGUGCAAUCAGUUGGAAUCCUACUAGAGUUGAUUGA